ACUUUCUUUUCCUCUCAUUGGUCCACUCGUGAACUGUUCAGCGUGUCUGCACUCGGUGGUUUUGCUAGCAUUUAGAAAUGGCCACAGCCAAGCAAAAUGAAGCGAAAGCUUCUUCUUUGGAGGAAAACAAGGAAAAUUCACCGGGUGGAGGAAUUGGGCUUGAAAUCUUGCAAAUCAUUAAGGAGUCUCAGCAGCUGCACGGUCUCAGACAUGGGGACUACCAAAGAUACAGGGGCUACUGUUCUCGUAGACUGCGCCGUCUACGCAAGACUCUUGGAUUCAAGAUGGGGAACCGGCACAAGUUUGUUGGGAAGAAAAUAACAGUCGAGAUGCUUUCAGACAGCAGGUACUUGCUUCUGGUUUUGAUGGAAGCAGAGCGUGCGUGGAGUUAUGCCAUGCAAUUGAAGCAGGAGGCCAACACGGAGCCGCGUAAGCGUUUCCACCUGCUGGCACGGCUCCGGAAAGCUGCCAAGCAUAGUGAGAAGCUGGAGAAGCUGUGUGAGAGCCCCUCUGUUGAUGCCAAGACGAAACUGGAAGCACAGGCCUAUACAUCAUAUCUGACUGGCAUGGUAGAGUUUGAACUGCAAAAGUGGAAGUGCGCCAUGGAGGCCUUCAACAAGUGCAAGACCAUCUAUGAAAAGCUUGCAAGUGCAUUCACUGACGAGCUAGAAGCGCUGUAUCGCCAGCGUGUGGACGAAAUAUCACCCAACAUCCGAUACUGUGCUUAUAAUAUAGGUGACCAGAACGCCAUCAAUGACUUGAUGCAGAUGAGACUGACAGGAGGGGGUGGAGGCAUGAUGGCUGAGAAACUAGAGGCCCUGAUCACUCAGGCAAGAACCAAGCAGGCGGCCACCAUGAGCGAGGUUGAGUGGCGUGGGAGGAGUGUGCCCGUCAAGAUUGACAAGGCUCGCAUCUUCCUGUUGGGUCUAGCAGACAAUGAGGCUGCCAUUGCUCAGGCAGCCAAUGAGGAGACCAAAGAGCAUCUGUAUGAGACCCUGCUGGCCGAGUGCCGAGACACCAUCCAAGCGGUGCGAGAGGAGCUCAAGACUGAGGCGAAGCAGCGAGAGAGAUGUUCUGAUGCUGAGAAUGGAAAAGUGUCCAACAUGCAGUUUCUGCACAGCUACCUGAGCUACAUCAAGCUGUGCACGCUGGUGAAGAGGAACGAGAGCAUGGCGCACACACUGCAGGCCAAGCUGAAGGAGCCUGAGGGGGAUGAGAAUAAGAGGGGCCCCCGUCCACAGGACCUCAUCCGCCUCUAUGACAUUAUCCUGCAGAGUCUGGCUGAACUCUCCUCCCUGCAGGGGCUGGAGGAUGACCACACCUUUCAGAAAGAGGUGUCCCUCAAGACGCUGGCCUACAAAGCAUACAGGUGUUUCUACAUUGCCCAGUCUUAUGUUCUGGUGAAGAAGUGGAGCGAGGCUCUGGUGCUCUACGAGAGGGUGCUCAAGUAUGCUAAGGAGGUGCAGUCGAAGGCCAAGAGCAUGAACACCCUUAAGGAUCUUCCUGAUGUUCAGGAGCUCAUUGCUAAAGUCAAUGCAGAAAAAUACUCUCUUCAAGCGGCAGCCAUUUUAGACACUGGCGAGACUGUUGACGUUCCCACUCCACAGCCCAUCAAAGACAACACGCCUCUGUGCGAUCGCUUGGAGACGUUCCGCUUGGACCCGUCCCUCGUGGGCAAGCAUCCCAACCUGGUCCACUUUCCGCCCGACUUCCAGCCGAUCCCUUGCAAGCCUCUCUUCUUUGACCUGGCUCUCAACCAUGUGGCCUUCCCGCCCCUGGAUGACAAAGUGGAGCAGAAGGUCAAGGGCGGCCUAACCGGCUACAUCAAGGGCAUCUUUGGAUUCGGCAGCUAAAACGUAAAGAAGAAAAGCCUCCCUCGUGGCAUUUGUUAGAAUCAUGUUUCUUGGUUACUUUCAGUGCCUCCGCACGAAACAACCGGAUGAGUUUUGGAGAAAGGAAUGUCAUGAAAUCCACCUGCCAACUUUUAAUGACUUGUCAUGGUUAAGCCGGUUACCAUGUCUUAAUAUUUACAUCCAUGUUGUUUAUAGACCCCCCCCCUCUCAGAAAGCCACUUUGACACAGUACACUUCAUGAAAUAGCUGCAAUCAUGUGACCUCAAGCACCUCAUUUGUUUGCUUGUUCCCUUUUCUUCCCUCCGGGUCCGCCCUGAUUUUUAAUUUGUUUGUUUUCGUCUCUCAAUUGCCAUGGUUCAUAUUUCAUCAAUGUAGAACCAACCCGCUGGUUUAGGCGAUCAAUGUACCGGUAAAAAGCACAAGGCGGUCAGUUGCUUCCGGAUACGAAGAUGGUGCUCAAGUCAAGUGCAGUGGGGCUUCCUCUCUGAAUUUAGGUGAGCUCAUAGGGAAAAAAUAAGGGUAUGUUCCAAAAAGGAUUCUGGGCCUGCUCUAGUACACUUCAGACCAUUCGGGUACAAAGAGUGUUGUUGGAAUGUAAUGGAACACUCACAACCUCCAAGUAGAGUUGGCCUGUCAGAUUGAAUUUUCAAACGCAUACAAAGUUCAGCACUGUUGAUUUGCACUGUGACCAUUGUCCAUCCAUCCGUUAUCUAAAAGGAAAGAAAAAGAUUCACUGGAUAGUCAAGUCUUUAGAUAAGCGAUUCACUAAUCUUCCGGUGUCUUGCUGUGUCUUCAUGUGGGAAACGGUGAUGAAGGUCCAACUGUUUCAGCCUUUCCAAAUGUCACACUUGUUGCCGUAUCUGGCAUAAAUGAGUACAUCCCUCACAUUCUAGUACCAUAUAUUUUCAUGGGACGGUAUGAUAUGACAGACAUAUGGAAAGAUAUGACAGUCAGCUAAAGAGCUUAUAUACCAGAAAUUUACUAAACUCUGAAAAUGGCUCAAUACAAAACUUUUAAGUUUUAAACCACUGGCAACAGGAUUACACUCCAAAGUGAAGCAUCCGUAAUUGUCGUUUUGUUCAACUUAUGUAUUGUCUUAGGUCUCACGCCGCUGCUUAGUUUGAGGUAGUUAGCCGUCUUCAUAUAGCCUCAGUCAUCUCUAUACAACUAAAAUGCCCCCACCCAACCCCUUCCUUACAGAUACUCAGAAAUGCAGCUGAAAAACUGGAACACUAACUAGCCAAAUGGGACUAGGUGUGUACCAAUAGUUAAUUGAAGCCAACAUGGACAUUUUCACUUCAGGGUUUACUUGUUUUUGUUGCCAGUGGUUUAGACAUUUGUGGCCGUGUGCGGAGUAAUGCAGUGGACAGUAUUCAGUAUACGACUACUAUACAAGCUGCCCACUGUUUACACUGUAGCAGUGUGUCGUUUCAACAGCAUUCUAUCAUGAAAAAAUAACAAAAACAUGACAUGACAGCUGUACGAUUUUUUUUAACCCCUUAAGCAUAUGUCUGCUUCCAGAGGACCAUGUUGGAGUUUUUUAAAUGUUGUUUUCUAAAUCACAGAUAUCGUCCCUGUCUAGAAAUGUUGUACUGUGCAAAGGUCUUAGGCAAGCACAAGCUUUUUGCUGACCCUUUUACAGCACAGUUAGUAACUCACUGUCCAGUUGUAUGCCGUUCCUGACAUUUUGUGUGUGCGGCAGGCGGGGGGUUAAUUUUGACACCGUAAAAGAGUAGCUAGUAUGAAGCACUAAAACUAACAGGUCGACAGAAAAUUGACACUCAAAUAUUUAUUGUUCAUGAAAUGUGGCCUCUCCUGAACGAGCUCUAUGAAUUAUCCCGUUACUUAAAUAUUAUUAUUCUUGUAGCAAACAUAAAAUCUAAAGAUUCCUAAGACCUUUGCACGGUACUGUACGUCUUGAGCCCAUCAGAAUAUACUGUUGGAUAUUUUAUCAAUAAAUCGCUGAUCUGUUAUUUACAUUUGCAAUAUGAUGUGGGUGGGGGGUCCCUGUUUUAUGAUGGGGUUCCAUUCUAUGUUGGCGACAUAACCAAGUCCUAUCAUAGCCAGAAAAUACAGUAUUUGUAUGAAAAACACUUCUGGGCAAUGGAUGUAAAACAAUGAAAUGAAAUCAGUUUGCGCCAGGUGAACUGAGGGUGCCUUGUGUUGCAAGGUGACAUCGUUCGCCCCCUUGCGUGAACUCGUCUGUUGUGUUUUUUGUAACCUGGAAAUGUCUUACUUUGCGACCAUAAAUUGAGGACCCUCUCUAUUUUUUUGUCUCCUGAGUUUAUUUUCAUUGACCCACCAUCCCCUGUCGUAGUCGAAAAGAUUUGGUCCAAAUGAAAAGUUGUUUGGAAGCAAAAGAAAUGGGCUGAGUGAUUUGAAGACAUAAAGUAUAUUUGCACCUAG